UCAUUUCAGCAGAGAAAAGGCCCCUGUAAAUACAGUAGUGCCUUGAGAUACAAGUGACCUUCCAAGUGACUUUAAUUACUUGUGCUGGAAUCACUUAUAACAACACAGGUUAUAUUAAUAUAUCAACUCACAGGUUCUUACAGGUGUUUAGACACUAAAAAAGAAUCCCACCGCACCACUCGACAGUAGCACUGCCUAAAGCCCUUUUCUGUCCGGCUGCAUUUUCAAUAAACAUCAGAAUAAUAAAAAAUAAAUACAAAUAAACAGAGGGAAAUAUUUAAAACAGUUAUGCUGUUGCACAGCAUAACUGUUCCAGCACAAAAGCAUACAGAUCCACCAUUCUGCAAGGCCAUACAGAUGAACAGGACAGGUUUAAAAAAAUAUAUAAAUAAAUGAAAAGUUAAAAAAAGGGGAUACAAGUGACCUGAGCUUUUCAAAAUUCAAGUCUUCGUUAGGCCGAUUUAUUGCUUUGACUUGCCAGUGCAAACCUGCGAUAUGAGUUCUAUAUCGUGACAGUGAACUCAACUCGCUCCACAAUAAGCAGCAGUGUGGCAGAUAUUGAACAAUUCAAAUGAUUAAAUGUCAUUCCCAGUUGAAAUUUACUGCCAGACUAACAAAGAUAAUUUUACAUUGCAUAUCUUUGCCUUAAAAUACCCCCACUAGCAUAAUGCUAACACAUAAUGGUAAAACACCAUAGAUGAGCGAAUGAAUCGCAUCGAUGGUUGCAAUGUUAUAACCUUUAGCCCUUAGUGACCCUUACGUUAUGUGUAUUUUAGUGGUCUUAAGGAAGAAAAUAGACAGGCUCUUGAUAGUGUUGUAAGUAAGUCAUAUUUGGAUAUUUUUUUACUUUCAAUCCCUCAAACAUUUCAGCAGGUUCAGACCUAUCUAUAGAUAUAAAGUUUAAAAUAUAUUUUAAAAUUGUGUAUGCUUUUGUUGGAAAAUAAAAGCAGCAUUGUGUUAUGACAAAAACUUCCCAAAAAAUUUUCAAAGUGGAAUAUUUGACAAGGUAGUUAGAGCCUUGAGUAAGUCAAUAAGUUAGAGAGAGCAGACUGUGAUGGUUUGGACACGUCGAGAGGAGAGAUAGUGAGUAUAUUGGUAGAAGGAUGAUGAUGAUGGAGAUGCCAGGCAAGAGAGUUAGAGGAAGACCAAAGAGGAGGUUGAUGGAUGUCGUGAGGGCAGACAUGAGGGCAGUUGGUGUUAGAGAUGAGGAUGCAGGAGAUAGGCUUACAUGGAAAAAGAUGACACGUUGUGGCGACCCCUAACGGGAAAAGCUGAAAGGAAAAGAAGAUUAUUUUCUUUAUAAAGUAAAACAUUAUAGUGCAAUGUUCCCUAUUAAAAACAUAAAAAAACAGGUUAAUGGCAAUCCAUUCAUUUCAACGGGUGGAGAGAAGAGGAGUUGAGAUGAGUGUUUGGAGUUAGGAGUGUGGUCAGGGAACGUAAUAAACUCGUAUCUCAAGGCGCCACUCUACAGUACAUGCAAAUGAAAAGAGUGCGAAGUGUGCAUUGUCUGCUGCAGACAUCCGGGCGGUGAGCCUGAAGAAGGGCAUGUUCUUCAACCCGGACCCUUACCUGAAGAUGUCCAUCCAGCCAGGGAAGAGGACCGGCCUCCCUAAGUUCACCCACCACGGCCAGGAGAGGCGAACCUCUAUUAUCGCCAAUACCACCAACCCUGUGUGGCACGGAGAGAAAUACACCUUUGUGGCCCUGAUGAGUGACGUGAUGGAGAUUGAAGUGAAAGAUAAAUUUGCCAAGAGCCGUCCAAUCAUCAAGCGCUUUCUGGGCCAGCUGACCGUACCCAUGCAGAGACUUCUGGAGGGUCCCACAGCGGACCAACACCCGACUAGCUACAGCUUGUGUCGCCGCCUCCCGACAGAUCACGUUAGUGGGCAGCUGCAGUUCAGGGUGGACAUCACCUCCACUGGACAUGAAGAUGUAACAGGAACAAUCUUGGGCAGCACCGUGAACAGUGACCCUGGGAGUCCCUCUGACGAUGAAGACCUCCCGCACCCUUCCUUGUCUUCUCACAUCGCAUGCGGCGCUUCCCUCACAGGCUCAGACGAAAGCCCCCUGUUCGUCAACGGUGCUUGUUACUAUGGCAACAGCAGCACAUGGCAGGAGGAUACUAACCAGGUGGCUGCGGGCGGACACACCCACAGGCAGGUGUCCCUUAAUGACUACUUGGACGCCAUUGAGGCCUCUGGGAGCCCCGCGGAGCAACUUCCAGCAGGGCCAUCGCCAAGACUCCGCUCCAGCUUUCCAACGGACACACGCCUCAAUGCAAUGCUCCACAUAGACUCCGACGAGGACGACGAGAGUGUGGGGCAGCGCGGUAAACAGCAGGAGACAAGGUUGCAGAGGACAACAGACGUCGACAUUUCCGGUGGGAACGAGGGCUCCAGAUGUGAGCACACCGGAACAGAAAGCUCUCCUGUCUCUGAGUCAGCUCAGGCCGAAGGUUCAGGUAGUGCGGCAAAGCUGCAAACGGAUGAGGGGACGCAGAUGAUCGUCAUUGCAGAUGGUGCUGGAGCAUCAGCACGUGUUGGUGAUGAAAUGGAAGCCAGUGGAUCUCCUCGGGCUUCACAAAUAGAGUCUUCAAGCGAUUGCAUGUGCAACGAGCAAAGUUCAAGGAUGAACACCAACCAGGACACAGCCUGCAGUUCUUCAUAUAGCUGCGGCCCACUUUCACCCAUUCAGGAGGUGGAGACGAGGGCGGAAGUGGCUCCUAGGGCAGAGGAGGAAGGGGCGGAGUUAUCAUGCAGCAACAGCUUGGCGACUACUGCUAUGACGACUGGUAGCGACAUUGGAACCUUUGAUGCAGAGGCUGUCGGCCCAGAUGUACAGGGAGAGGAGGAGGGGGAGGAGGAUGAGCAAGGAGAGGUGUGGAAGAGACGCUCUGUGCGGGCCACCGAACUCGCAGCCCAGAACCAGGUGGCGUGCAGGGCCAGAGAGGGACUGAGCACGACGUUCACUGAGAGGGAGUCCGGGGCCACAGCUCAGGUCAAUGGCCACGUGUCUGUUCAGACGCUGCCGUCUGUACGCCAUGACAUCAGUCGCUACCAAAGAGUGGACGAGCCCCUCCCGCCGAACUGGGAGGCGCGGAUAGACAGCCACGGGAGGAUCUUUUACGUGGACCACGUGAACAGAACCACCACCUGGCAACGGCCCACUGCCCCAGCUGCGCAGCAGACACUCCAGAGGUCCAGCUCCAUCCAACAGAUGGAGCAGCUGAACCGUAGGUAUCAGAGCAUCCGGCGGACGAUAACCAAUGACAGCAGAGCAGAGGAGGUGCCAUCCAAUGAGCAGCCAGCCGACGACACCGAUCUCCACCCUUCCUUUCCAGAGCUGCGUCGAGACAGCAGUGCAGCCCAGUCCAGCUCCAGAUCCCGCCUGUACCUGUUGCUCCAGUCUCCCAGCUCCAGGUUCCUCACCAGCCCCGACUUCUUCACUGUGCUGCAUUCUAACCCUAGUGCCUACCGCAUGUUCACCACCAACACAUGCUUGAAACACAUGAUCAGUAAGGUGCGCCGGGACACGCACCACUAUGAGCGCUACCAGCACAACAGGGACCUGGUGGCCUUCCUCAACAUGUUUGCCAACAAACAGCUGGAAUUGCCUCGAGGCUGGGAGAUGAAGCACGACCACACCGGAAAGCCUUUCUUUGUGGACCACAAUAGUCGAGCGACCACCUUCAUUGACCCUCGGCUGCCCCUGCAGAGCUGUCGACCGCCGAGCCUCUUGACUCACCGCCAACACCUGACCCGCCAACGCAGCCAUAGCGCUGGUGAAGUCAGCCCACGACGCCUCAUGGGCGAAGAGUCCCGUCAUGCCGGGCCACCCAUCUUGCCGAGGCCCUCGAGCACCUUCACAUCUGCCAGCAGGGGCCAGGGUGCAGAUGCUGUGCCAGUAGCGUACAAUGACAAGAUUGUGGCUUUUCUCCGGCAACCCAACAUCUUUGAAAUUUUACAGGAGAGGCAGCCAGAUUUCCACCGGAACCAUUCACUCAGGGAGAAGGUCCAGCUGAUACGUACAGAUGGAGCAUCAGGAUUGGCGCGGCUGUCAGGAGACGCCGACCUUGUUAUUUUGCUAAGUCUAUUUGAGGAGGAAGUCAUGUCCUAUGUGCCUCCUCAUGCCUUACUAUACCCCAGCUACUGCCAGUCACCUCGAGGCUCUCCUGUCUCCUCCCCACAAAACUCACCCGGUACUCAGAGAGCAAAUGCCAGAGCUCCAGCACCCUAUAAGAGAGACUUUGAAGCCAAACUACGCAACUUCUACAGAAAGCUGGAGACCAAAGGUUACGGCCAAGGACCAGCAAAGCUCAAGUUACUCAUCCGCCGUGACCACCUGCUGGAAGAUGCCUUCAAUCAGAUUACUUGCUACUCCCGCAAAGAUCUACAGCGCAGCAAGCUGUAUGUCAGCUUUGUAGGCGAGGAGGGGUUGGACUAUAGUGGACCUUCCCGAGAAUUCUUCUUCCUGGUCUCAAGAGAACUGUUCAAUCCUUACUAUGGUCUCUUUGAAUAUUCUGCCAAUGACACAUACACAGUCCAGAUCAGCCCCAUGUCGGCCUUUGUGGACAAUCACCAUGAGUGGUUUCGCUUCAGUGGUCGCAUCCUGGGCUUGGCUCUGAUCCACCAGUACCUUCUGGAUGCCUUCUUCACCAGACCCUUCUAUAAAGGAUUACUGCGCAUUCCAUGCGAUCUGAGCGACCUGGAGUAUCUGGAUGAGGAGUUUCAUCAGUCCCUUCAGUGGAUGAAGGACAACGACAUUGAGGACAUGCUGGACCUCACCUUCACUGUCAAUGAAGAAGUGUUUGGACAGAUAACAGAGCGGGAGCUGAAGACUGGUGGAGCCAACAUCCCCGUGACGGAGAAAAACAAGAAGGAGUACAUCGAACGGAUGGUGAAGUGGAGGAUCGAGCGUGGUGUUGUGCAGCAGACGGAAAGCCUGGUCAGAGGCUUUUAUGAGGUGGUGGAUGCACGGUCUGUGUCAGUGUUUGAUGCCAGGGAGCUGGAGCUGGUGAUGGCGGGCACAGCAGAGAUCGACUUGUCCGACUGGAGGAACAACACGGAGUACAGAGGAGGUUAUCAUGACAACCACAUAGUGAUCCGUUGGUUCUGGGCCGCAGUCGAGAGAUUUAACAAUGAGCAAAAACUUCGGCUCCUGCAGUUUGUGACCGGGACAUCCAGUAUUCCCUACGAGGGCUUUGCGUCUCUGCGAGGAAGCAAUGGACCUCGGCGAUUCUGUGUGGAAAAGUGGGGCAAGGCAACAUCUCUUCCCAGAGCUCACACGUGUUUCAACCGCCUGGACCUGCCUCCCUACCCAUCCUUCUCAGUGCUGUACGAGAAGAUGCAGACCGCCGUGGAGGAAACCAGCACUUUCGGACUGGAGUGAGACCCCUUCCGACAGAGACCGGACACCUGAAAUAAUUUAUAUCCUCUCACGUGAGGUCAUACCUGAGGGUAGAUCCCAAAGCAGUUCGCAUCAGCGGACGUGUGGACUUUGGAAGGAGGGAGCCUUCGCUGUUUGUUUUGGGGCGCAACGGCGACGUCGGAACAAAUGCAGAAUGAAGAACCACAGCGCCUUGCGGACCACAAUCAGGGAACGUUAGUGGACCUAUGGAGCGAAAGGGUCCAAAGUGUGGGGACACCCACAAAGUAAGGAGGAUGUGGAACUCAGAAUUUUGAAAAAAUGCAAGAAGAAUCCAUUGUUUGUAAUGGUUGUCGCGGAGACAUACAGUCCUCUAGCGCUGAUAAAGGUCGUGGACUCAUGCUACAUGGUGUUGUUAGUUGAAUGUAAUGAUUUUAACAAUGUAUAGUAUUUGUAUCUGUUGUGAAUCACGUGGUUUCAUCAAAUCUCUGCUUAAUUUAACGAUGGGCGUGACAGUCUCACAAGUUGGAAUUGUCAACGGAUAUUUUUCAAUCCAUCAGGGAUGACUGAGGAAUUACAUUGUUAUAAUUUGUGGCUCAUAUAUUUGUUGCGAUCAGUAUUCGGUCAUUGCGAUAGACCAUCGUCCAUUUGGAUUGUUCUGAGAAAGUCAAAAUAUUAGCUGUAUGUUUUCUUAAUUUGUUGUAACCUAGCUGAAAAAUAACAGUAGUUAUAUGCGCUGAAGUCAGGGUACAUUUCAGUUGCGGUGCAUUGAUCAAACUGAUUCACUCUCCGUCUUUCUACCUUUUGCGAUCGCCGCAGUAAUCCUGACUACACGCAUGCCUUCUUAAUUUUUUUUUCCUCAAAAGACUGAAUCUAACACUGUCACGGUUGUUACAAGCAUCGUUAUUGUUCCCUCACAGAGCACACUGCCUUCCCUCUGUCCAUUUUGGAAGAGCCAACCAAAGUUUUGGGCAUGACCAACCCCGUCUUUGUGGACACCGGACCUCAAGUUUACAUAUGAAUGUUGGCAGCACUGCCCUAAAAUAAAGUUCCAUCUCUGUCUAUGCAAAAUACUUUGUUGUUUUGGAGUUCAGGCUGCAAGGCCGGUCAGCAAUUUUCUACAUGAGUAACAAAUGUCGGGAUCAAGCAUGUGAACCUAAAUGGGUAAAAUGUUUUAUUUUUACCAUCAUUCAUUUUGACCACUAGAACAUUUUCAAACUGUAAAAUGUGAUUUCUUUCUUUAUUUUAAAUCAAGAAAGGUGUCCUGGAAUAUCCAAUUGGAUGUUUAAUAAAUACAAUUUCAAAGAUGUAUUUAAACUACAUUGAACACUGGAAAAAUAGCUUGUUUUGCCUGUCCCCACUUAUUAAAAUUAGACUUUCCCAUGAACUAACGUAAUUUGAAUUACAUAUUCGUGUAACUCGUCCCGACUAUACUUUUUUCUUUGGGGGCGAAAAAAAACAAAACAAGUUUAAAUUUGCACUUUAAUCAUGUCCUUGGGUUUACCCCAACACAUUACGUGCUUUAGGUUUUGGAUCUUCCCCCCAGGUGACUCCACCGCCCCCUCCUCCCCCUUUUGCACACCAGAGCUUUGAGACUUCUACAUUUACUCCCCCCCCCCCAACCCCCCCCCCAAAAAAAGGUUGCGAUUUUCCAUAGAAUUUUAUAUUCAUUGUCUUAUGAAAUGUUAUGCUGUUAGAGAUGCAAAUUGGUCAAGCUCCCACUAUUGAAUUUUUUUUUAUACAAAUGAACUGCCAUCAGCCAAUGUACAUUCAGUGUGCAGUGAGUGUGGCAUGCCAAAAUUAUGUGCGUCCAAUGGGGUGAGGAAAAAGGUAUCAAAUGAAGAAAACACAUUUUAAGUGAUUUAUCAUCAU